CAAUGAAUACUCACGAUUAUGAUCAUGUGACUUAUAAUAAUGGAAUAGUGUCAUAGAGGAUAAUUGUUACACGUACAGACUAGAAAUAAGGAAGAAAACAAAGGAACGAGAGGUCUUCAGGAUCUUUGAGGUUUGGUAUUCCUCAGAAACUGAUACUUAACAACUUAAAGAAGGUUCACACAAAUAUUGUAACCAUGGAUAUGGAACAGAAUGGAAAUCAGAACCCAGUGCCACUUUGUCGUGCUGGUUGUGGUUUCUAUGGUAACACUGCCUUUGAAGGAAUGUGCUCUAAGUGCUACAAAGAUGCAAUGAAGCGUAAAGAAAAUGCUCCGACGAUCAGUGGUCGUCUGAGUCCCGUAGCUACAUCCACGGUAACCACGGUGACCGCACCAGGUGAGACGGAUUCUGUGGGAAAUGUCACCUCGACGUUAGCUCACACUUCCCUAGGGUCUGAAUCGGGUAGCUCCAACUCGCUGCAGGAUCUAGCUGCCAGCACCACCCCCAGUGUGGAGACUGGUAGCCCUACCGUUCCUAUCCCUGGGGCCAGCAACAGUAAACAGGAGACAGACAAGGAGGACAUUGCCACAGGAGGCCUCGGUACAGAAGUGGCUUCUUCACCUGAUGAUAAAAAGACGAAGAAGAAUCGGUGCACAACAUGCAAGAAGAAAGUGGGCCUGACUGGUUUCCCAUGCCGUUGCGGGGGAUUAUUCUGUAGCCUCCACAGAUAUUCAGACAAACAUCAAUGUGAUUUUAAUUACAAGGAACUAGCGCAGGAACAGAUUCGUAAACACAACCCAGUCAUCGUGGCUGAGAAAAUUCAGAAAAUUUAAUCCAAGGAUUUUGUAGAUGUUGUAGUAUUAAGGUCUCUUGGGGAACUUUGUUGAAAGCGGAUUAUUUUUUUUUUAAGAUAUUGGGUGAUUGAAUUCAAACAUCAAAAGGAGCUUGUUUUAUAAUUUAAUUUUCUUUUUUGGUAAAGUUUUGAAUUUUUUUUUUUUAUGAUACAUGUACAAGGCAUAAGAAAUAUAGAUUGUUGUUAGUUUUGUUGACAGGCUUGCAACCUGAGCUUGUGUGGAAAGAAAUACUUUAUUGUUUGUUUUAUUGUUUGAUAUGAGGAACUUGGAAAGUAUAAUUUAUUCUUAUUUUGUUUUGUUUCUGCACUAAUAUGAUACAGUAUUUACUAUAACACACUUUGAGGACAGGUUUGGAGUUGUAGCCAUUGGUCAGUGUACUGUGUGAUAUUAACAUUGAUCAGAAAUGCAUUUACGACUUGCUCCAUAUUAUGAUUUUUUUCUGUAAAAAAGGAAAUGCAUACUAUUUUCCUUUACUUUGUGUUAUCUACACCACUAAAAUUCUAGUAAUGUGAUGGUCAGAGAGUCUAUCACUGAGUUUAAUAUAAAUAUGCAUACACACUUCUCUGUAUUUAUAUGGCAACAAUCUUUGAGCGUACCAUUACUUGCUUGCUGUCUGUUAUGCAGAAUUGAUAAUGAUUGUGUGAUUUUUAUUUUCAUUUUGAUUUGAUAAGAACGCCACACUUUUUCCCCAAAAUUUUGGAUAUUGACGAUGAGUGUUAUGUUUUAUGGUCGUUUUUCUUGUUUUUUGAUUCUUCUUCAUUUCCAGUAGUGGUGAAUUUAAAUUGAUUUUUAGGAGAUGUAAAACACCUCAAAAAUUGUAGAGCAGCAGAGCUUUCUAUGCCAUAUGUACACCCAGGGAGUUCCCCCUUAUCACUAAGCAUUCAUGUUUGCAAGAUUUUCAUAUACAUUACUAACAGCAACCUUUCCAAUCUCAAUUCUUUAUUCAAAUAUCAUAAGUUUUUACUAUUCAAAAUUGAUAAAAUAGUGUUGUCAAUUUAUUUUUUACUAUUCAAAAUUGAUAAAAUAGUGUUGUCAGUUUAUUCUUUAUAAUGAUGGAUUUCUUUCUUGGGGGAAUCCCCACAUCCCUUACCAUUAUUCCUAAUAUAAUAUUGUGAAGUAUUCCUACGUCUUUUAUCCUGAAUUCCCCUUAUAACUGAAUCUGGCAGUGUUAGUCUUUGUAUGGAGACAUUGUGUGGAGCUGUGUUUACAAGCUCUGCAUACCGGGGUUAUUAGAGAGGCUGUGUUUACAAGCUCUAUACACCGCGGUUAGUAGAGAGGCUGUGUUUUACCUGUUGUGUGUCUGAUGAAUACUCGUGUCUGACUGAUGUGUAAAUGAAAUCUAGGUAUGGGUGUUGCUAGAUUUAUAUAUACAUUUUACUUAUAUAUAGAAAGAUAUAUUCAUGUGUAUUGUUAUUACAAAGAUUUGCCCCUCAGUUAACCAAUAGAUAAUUGUGAUUUUUUUGGUCAUUACAAAUCCAUUACAUGUAUCAGUUGUACUUUUUUUUUUUCAAGUUGAUUUAAGCUGAUGUUAAUAAAUUGAAUUUUCUCUUGCAAAUAACUUGAUAUAAACAGGAAAAAAAUGCACUGAGAAUGAGAAUGUCUAGAGUUCUUGAUUUUAAAUGAUUAUAAAUGAUGUGUUUUGGAAUGUUUUAAAAAUGAUAGAUGCAAUAUAUGCAAAUUAAUUGCUGAUGAAAGCACCAUUAAAUUUGCUCCAUUUCUGUAAUUUGACUCUGAAUCCCGAGAGAUUUCAUUAUCAUUGUGUAUGUCAGUAUGCUUUCCCCCAUCUUGGACAUUUUCUGCCACAGUUGUUUAUGCACUUCAUACACAUUUCACACUGCGCUUAUUGAAAAUCCAUUUAAUCUGUGUCAAAUUGGUUCAUUUCAUAAAACUAUUUUAUCAUGAGCUGUGAAAAUAUUGAAUAAACUUGUUAUAGAUGA